AUGGUAAUUGAACAGGUGGGAAGGUCGAAACCAAGUGAUUUUUUAACAUGUUUAUGUUAUAAUUUUCGAAUAAAUUAUAUCUAUCUAUCUCCAUCUCCGUCUAUAUCCAUCUCCAUCUCCGUCUAUAUCCAUCUCCGUCUAUAUCCAUCUCCAUCUAUAUCCAUCUCCAUCUAUAUCCAUCUCCAUCUCCAUCUAUAUCCAUCUCCAUCUAUAUCCAUCUCCAUCUAUAUCCAUCUCCAUCUCCAUCUAUAUCUAUCUCCAUCUCCAUCUAUAUCUAUCUCCAUCUAUAUCUAUCUCCAUCUCCAUCUAUCUCCAUCUCCAUCCAUCUCCAUCUAUCUCCAUCUCCAUCUAUCUCCAUCUCCAUCUCCAUCUAUAUCCAUCUCCAUCUAUCUCUAUCUCCAUCUAUCUCUAUAUCCAUCUCCAUCUAUCUCUAUAUCCAUCUCCAUCUAUCUCUAUAUCCAUCUCCAUCUAUCUCUAUCUCCAUCUAUAUCCAUCUCCAUCUCCAUCUAUAUCCAUCUCCAUCUCCAUCCAUCUCUAUCUAUCUCCAUCUCCAUCUAUCUCCAUCUCCAUCUAUCUCCAUCUCCAUCUAUCUCCAUCUCCAUCUAUCUCCAUCUCCAUCUAUCUCCAUCUCUAUCUAUCUCCAUCUAUAUCUAUAUUCUUUUUUUUUUCCUUUCUCCUCUCUCUUUUUUUUUUAAGUGCUUUCUGAACUCUCUCUCCCUAACCAAUACAGACCUCUAUGUUCCCAGUUCAAUACUGUAA